AUUCUUGUUGUUGAAAACGUAUGAAACACUCUAUAAUUGUUGAAACUAUAGGCAAAAUGUUAAUCAUAACGUUCGGACUUCUUUUAUUUUUCUCAUCGUCACAAUCCGAAAGCCUUUUUAGGCCAAACUUGCCAAUGGGGUAAUAUCGAAUAGUGAUUGAUAAAGUAUAUCCAUGUGAAAAAACAAAAAACUAUCCACUUCAAUUUAAUUGGUAUUUAAGUAAAAAGACAUCAAGUAUAACGGAGGUAAAAGGCAAUAUGACAUUUUUGAUACCUUUCGAUGAUACUCUUACAAUCAAUUUUAACUUUGCGUCUUGGGGCUCAACUGGUGGGUGGGUGCCAAAUGCAUAUACUCUCAAUACAAAAAAGGCAUGCAGUUAUACAAAACAUCUCAGUGGAAAUGCAUGGCUUAACAGUAUAGAGGGUUUCAACGUGUCAACUGAUAAAUGUCCAAUUCCAGUGGGCACAUAUAUUACGCCAGGGAUCGAUAAGAAGAAACUUGAAGAUAUGAACUUUCCCAAAAUAUAUUUUUAUGGAACAUAUAAAUCUGUGGCUCGCUAUAAAAAUAUGGAGAAUGAAGUUGUUGGCUGCAAUGUUAUUGAGGUUAACAUUAAACGACCUUGGGAAACACCAAAUUGAUUACACUAUAUGAAAUAAUAAUAUAAUAUGUUAUUAACUUGACGUUAUGAAGACUAUGCAAUGAAUAUUUUUAACAGUCCCAA